GGCGAUCCCAGCAGUCGGUCACCCCACACUAUCCGUGAUUUCCCAGAAGAGACCAGAGAGGAAGCAGAGGAGGCAGAACCAUGUCUGAAAUCCAGGGUAUCGAUUGGCAGACAACCUCCAACCGGCAGGCACAUCAUACCAGCAAGUUCUACAGCAAGGAGCCCAUCAUGCGGAGAGGCCAACUCUUCUCUAUUACAUUGACCUUACAGCGAAGCCUCAGCCCUAGAGGAAGUGUGACAUUCACAGCCUCCACAGGGCCUUAUCCCUCAGAGUCGGCCAAGACAAAGGCUGUGUUUCCACUCUCCAACAGAAUAAGUGGCACUGGCUGGGGCGCACAACUUCUGUCCACCAAGGACAAUGUUCUGAGCAUCUCCAUCCUCAGUCCUGCUAAUGCACCCAUAGGAAGGUACACACUGACCAUUCAGAUCUCCUCCCAGGGCAGAGACUCCACUGUGAAACUUGGAACAUUCAUACUGCUCUUUAACCCCUGGUUGCAAGCCGAUGAUGUCUUUAUGGGUAACCAUGCUGAGAGAGAGGAGUACGUUCAGGAAGAUGCUGGCAUCAUCUUUGCGGGAAGUGCAAAUCGAAUUAGCAUGAUUGGCUGGAACUACGGACAGUUUGAAGACGGCAUUCUGAACAUUUGCCUCUCCAUCCUGGAUAACAGUCUGAAUUAUCGCCGUGACCCUGCUAUGGAUGUAGCCAACAGAAGUGACCCUAAAUAUGUUGGCCGGGUGCUGAGUGCAAUGAUCAAUGGAAAUGAUGACAAUGGUGUGGUUUCUGGGAACUGGAGCGGUAACUACACAGGUGGCCAGCACCCAAGGAAUUGGAAUGGCAGCGUGGAGAUUCUAAAGGAGUGGCAAAGAUCCGGCUUCAGGCCAGUCCGAUACGGCCAGUGCUGGGUCUUCGCUGGGACCCUCAACACAGUGCUGCGGUCUUUUGGGAUCCCCUCCCGAGUGAUCACCAACUUCAACUCGGCUCAUGACACUGACCGGAACCUCAGCGUGGAUGUGUACUAUGACCCCAUUGGACAGCCCUUGGACAAAGGCAGUGACAGCGUAUGGAAUUUCCACGUCUGGAAUGAAGCCUGGUUUGUGCGGACUGACCUGGGCCCUUCAUUCAAUGGAUGGCAGGUUCUGGACGCCACCCCCCAGGAGAGGAGCCAAGGGGUGUUCCAGUGCGGCCCUGCUUCAGUUAUCGCUAUCCGAGAGGGUAACGUGGACUGGGACUUCGACAUGCCCUUCAUCUUUGGGGAGGUGAACGCUGACCGCAUCACCUGGAUCUAUGAUGCCUCGACGGGCACCAUGAAGAAAAGUUCCUCGGACUCUUCCACCGUUGGCAAAUACAUCAGCACCAAAGCCGUGGGCAGCAACUCUCGCAUAGAUGUCACCGAGAAGUACAAGUACCCAGAAGGUUCCAGUCAGGAAAGACAAGUAUUUGAAAAGGCUUUGAGGAAACUUAAACCCAGUGCAUCAUUUGGCCCAAUGUCUGCAAGAAGCUUUGCAAGAGAGGAACGGAAGCCCAGCCUCUCUGGGAAGUUCAAGAUCACUGGCUUACUGGCAGUGGGCAAAGAUGUCAACCUGACCCUGUUGCUCCAAAACCUAACAAGUGAUUCGAAGUCAGUGACGGUGAACAUGACAGCCUGGACUAUUGUCUACAACGGCACACUUGUACACGAGGUGUGGAAGGACUCCUUCACUCUAUCCCUGGAUCCUAAAGAAGAGAAACAGCAUCCUGUAAAGAUUCCCUAUGCUCUGUAUGAGAGGUACCUGAAGGCAGACAACAUGAUCCGGACCACGGCUGUGUGCCAGGUCACCGACGAGCCCGAGGUGGUGGUGGAGAGGGACGUCAUCCUGGACAACCCCACCCUGAUCCUGGAGGUGCUGAACGAGGCCAAGGUGCAGAAACCUGCGAAGGUGCAGAUGCUCUUCUCCAACCCGCUGGAUGAACCGGUGAAGGACUGCGUGCUGAUGGUGGAGGGGAGCGGCCUGCUACUGGGCAACCUCAAGAUCGACGUGCCAGCCCUGCGCCCCAAGGAGCGGUCCCGCGUGCAUUUUGAGAUCCUGCCUACCCGGAGUGGCACCAAGCAGCUCCUUGCCAACUUCUCCUGCAACAAGUUCCCUGCAAUCAAGGCCAUGCUGGCCGUCGACGUGGCCAAGUGAAGGGCCCGGGUGGCCCUAUACCAACUUGGGAACACGGAGCAGACUCUGAACUUGCCUGUGGAGUGAGCCCCCUGCCCACACAUGCCAUCUGGCCUGGGAAACUCACUCUGUCCCCCAAGGCUGCCUGGCUGCGGACCUCCAGCCUCCAGCACACACCCCCUCCCUUGCUCUCAGGCUGGGCUGGUUCCACCCUGGCCCAUGACUUGAUCACUUUUGCACAUUCCCUGAGCUUCUCCCCAACGCUGUCUGCUCUGUGAGCCCCAUGGCCCCUCUCAGCCCUCAUACCCUUAAUCCUGUGGGCAAGGAGUGGCACCUCACCCAGUGACUCUCCAGAUGGAUAUGGGGGGAGAAGAUGGUCUAGACUGUUUUCUGGUCCCCAGCCUGCAGUUGGCACAUUCCUGCUCCUCCCUUGGGCCAUGGUGGCAGCAGGGGGAUGAUGGUUAACCACCUUUUGUGACACUCACAAUCACACCCUCAAAAUAAAAGUUAAAAAGAGAGUGACCAC